AAACCCAGAAAGCUCGUGCGGGGGAGGAGCAUGAGUAUAAAACAGCAGCAUGGCUCAGAGGCUCAGAGUCAAUGUGCAGUUCGACUCCAAAAUGAAGCCCUAUCCCCAGUUUGUGAGCCUCUGGUUUGUACUCAUCGCAGUGAGAGAGCUGGACAGCACGUUUGUCCCAGGAAGAUGUAUGUGUCCAAACUCUGAACUUGGUGUCAGGGGGAAACUGAAAGAGCUCCUAGUCUUCCAAAAAAGCCCUAGCUGCAACAAAGUCACUGUAAUAGUGACACUGAGCAACAAUGACAAAGUGUGUCUGAAUCCAGAGGCACAAAUGGGAAGACAACUAGUUCGCUGCUGGAAUAGAGUUCAUAGGUUGGGUCGCAAUCCAAAAUUGUGCCUAACUAGGAGGAGGAAAGGGAGAGCAGGUCCGAGUCAGCAGUCUCGACAGAGGAACCGGGGCCGCAACAUGAAAGCCUCAUCUUCAAGCUCCCUAUAGUCGACCAGCCUGACAAAUGAAACAAAGCUACUCCAUGGAGAGAAGUGUGUACGAACUGUGGACAUCAAGCUCCCCAUCAAGCUUUUUUUAUUUUUUAUUGUUUUGCAAAUGACUGAUGCAGUGUCGAAAACUAAGCCCUGGAGGCUUGUUGUUAUAAAUGUUAACAGUGUUAGCUUUAAAACACUAUCAAAAAGUCAAUAUUGUUUUUCUAUGUAGUUCUGUGUGUGCCGCUGGAUAAGCUACCUUAACACUUAGUUAUUUAUUUUAUAUUAAUGUUGACAUUUUUCAUACAUUUUGAUUUACUUCUUUUAAAUAAAUACAUCUGAAUAAUA